AUGGAUCCUGCAAAGAACGCAACCUCCCAGCAGACGACAGAAGCCUUCAUACCGUUGGACGCUGACAGCCAUGGCGCAGUCCUCGCAUCGGUCGCAGUCAUCUCCGCGCUCAUCACGGCCUCAGCAAUCAUAGGGAAGCUGAUGUAUCGCUGGAACAUCAAGGUUCUGCGGGAAUGGGACUACGCUCUGCUGUUGGCCGUGCUCUUGGUCUUUGUUCAGUCUGCGGUUGCAGUGUACGCUGCCAAUCUUGGUCUCGGCAGGCAACGGCCGACUGUCGAUGAAGAUUCUCUGGUAGCUAUAUCCAAGGCGCAAUACGCUCUUACCAUACUUGCCAUUUUGAUCAGCCUAUGCACCAAGAUGUGCAUGUGCUUGUUCAUCCGGGCAAUCAACAGCUACUCGCAUGUCCGAUACGCGAAUCGCGUCUUGAUGGGUGCCAUCGGCACGCUCUGCGUCUCCAGUGUCUUCGCGGCCGCCUUCCGCUGUCCUCUUCCUGCUCCAUGGUGGGCUGUAUCGCCGGGGUCAUGUCCUGCAGCCAUCUCGAUCCACCAGUUCGUCCAUAUGUCCAACAUGGUCACCGACUUCUCGAUCGUCAUCCUUGCUCUCGUCAUGGUCCUUCGUGUACAGACCGGAGUUGGAGCCAAGGUCCUGGUGACGAGUUUGUUUGCCAUCCGCAUGCUUUGUCCUCUAACCGCGGUCCCGAUAAUUCUCGACUAUGAGUAUUUAUACAACGGAGACGACAACGACUUCACAUGGACAGCAAUGGCACCGACGAUAUGGCUCCUCGUCACAUCCCACAUAUCAAUCAUCACGGCCUGCAUCCCGAGCCUCAAGGGCAUAUUUGACAGCUGGCUGGGCAAUACCUUUGGCAUCGACAUUGACGCUCCAUACCAGCUCGAGCGUGUCGAGGGCAAAGACGGCUUCGAAGUCUCAGACUGGCGGACAAAAGACCCCUCCGCGACUGGACAGUCCUCUGGGUCACGCCCAAAGACCAGCAAGAAUAGCAAGAACAGCAAGAACAGCAAGUUCACAGACACGACGAAGACCGCCACGCUGAAACUGACAACCUCAUUCCCGAACGAGGCGGCGUGCUUCUCGGAGAACGAUACCGGCUCCAGUGCUAGGGCCGCCAGACACCGGCAUUCGGGCUACCGCGAGAGCCGCAACCACACGAGCCUCCCGAUCAGCAAGAACAAGGAUGACCAGAGCGAGAGUGUCAAGGGCCUGACGGAAGACGGGUUCAUCAUGAUCCACAGUGACGUCGAGGUCCGCUAUGACGACGACAGCCAUCGGGAUGUCACCACGCCGUCGUCGUUGUCGCCAUGCUCGUCGCAAGGCACGCACGGCGGUCACCACCACGACCUUCUUCAGCAUCAUCCUCACAAUCUACACUCGUAG